AUGGAGUAUCCUUCCAAGCUCUCGGUCUUUCCAAUAGAAAUCAUUGAACACAUAAUCGACGAUCUGGAGAACGACAUCGAUGCGCUAACAGCCGUCUCCGAAACUUGUCACGCACUCCUUCCACUUUGUCGCAAACGUCUUUUCCAAUCUAUCGAUCUUAGUCCGCGAGGUCCCUCGUCGUUGAAGAACCUUAGUCGGCUUCUUCGUUACAAUCCAGACAUCGCACUCUACAUUCGGGAGCUCAAGCUGCACCUCAACCGGUCCCUUGACAAUUGGGAUCCAAACGGGCCGAACGCUUAUGCCGAUAAUAUCCUGACUCUUUCACAAGUGCAAUUCCUGCAAAGCUUGCAGAUUGUGGGGGUUGAUGAAACCACAUCGUACAUUUCUUAUGCAUCUUGGAAUGCUCUCCACCCCUCCCUACGAAAACCAAUUCUUGAACUCAUCUAUUCUCCUACUUUGACCGAGUUGAACAUUUCUCGGUUCAUGCUUCCUUUCGCAACAUUUCGAUCUUGCAUCAAUCUUUCAAUUCUGACUAUCGAGGAGAUGGCAGACUACAAAAGUGUGGACGGAACCGUUGGUUUCCUCGAAGUUCCAUCACAUCCGAUUCCCCAGCUGCACUCAUUCAUAGUUCAAGGUGUUGAUUCCCAUCGGUAUGCAUCAGCACUCAUUCACUUUCGCGGCAGCGAUGGCAACCCCACCAUUAAAUUUGACCGGCUCAAGAUGUUGGCCGUCUACUGCAAUUAUGUACAAGACGUGAAAGUCAUUGAGGAUAUAGUCAAAGAGGCAGGCGAAAUGGAGAGAUUCGUCUACAAGGCAAACACACCGGAGGGGUGUCGCGGCUUGGCGGGGUGGAUCACCGUCAGCGCCUUUUCGACGCUGACGACCUUGAAGGUGGUGUUCAAUAUGAUGUGGUUCAACGAACACCAUCUGCAGAGUUUGUGCAACGAACUUGACCUGUUCCCUCGCAACAAUGUUUUAGAGGUUCUAGACAUCGAAAUGGACGUGCCUACGGACCUUUCAUCCCCUCAAGAGCAGCCAUGGGGACGGCUGGACCAUGUGUUGUUUCGGAACUUUUCGCGUCUGCGGAGGGUCGUGGUUCUUAUUUUUCAAAUCGGUAUGCGACUGCCAGAAAUUGCGCAGAGACAGCAGUUUGAGGAGGCUACUCGAGCGCAAUUUACUUGGUUGCGGGAAAAUACACCUGUUGAGUUUGAUAUUUCGACAAACAGCCUUAAGCACUACAUCAAGUCACUAUAUCACUAUGGUUAA